AUGGCGGCAGACCUCCAGCCCGAGUGGAUUUGCGGUCUGCCUUCAUCCUGGAGUUAUGGGCUCACUCGUGACGGACGCGUCUUCUUCGUCAACGAAGAAGCCAAGAGUACAACCUGGCUGCAUCCUCUCAAUGGCGAGGCGGUCGUUACCGGACACAGGAAAACUCCAGAUUUACCCACCGGAUGGGAAGAAGGAUAUACGUUUGAGGGUGCAAGAUGCUUCAUCAACCAUAAUGAGCGAAAGGUGACUUGCAAGCAUCCCGUCUCUGGUUUGCCAUCUCAAGACAACUGCAUCUUUGUCAUCAACGAACACGUGUAUUGUGGAAAAAUGUUUCAUCCAGCAUGUCACAGAUCUGCCGCCAAAGUGCCAGUGAAUGAAAAAAAGGAACAGGUAAGAAGCACCAUGAGCGAGGCCUCCAACAACAUGGAUGGAUCUGACUGUGCUGCAAACCAAUCCAGUGCAGCAGCAAGAGCACCGAGACCCCCUAAAAAACUCCACAAUUUUGGGAAGAGAUCCAAUUCUAUUAGGAGAAAUCCCAGUGCUCCAGUUAUCAAGAGGAACUGGCUUUAUAAACAAGACAGUACAGGGAUGAAGCUGUGGAAAAAGAGGUGGUUUGUGCUGUCAGACUUGUGUCUCUUCUAUUACAGAGAUGAGAAAGAGGAAGGCAUACUUGGCAGCAUCCUUCUACCAAGUUUCCAUGUAUCUAUGUUGUCUGUUGAUGAUCACAUCACCAGAAAGUACACUUUCAAGGCAACACACCCCAACAUGCGGACAUACUACUUUUGCACUGACACAGCCAAAGAGAUGGAUUCCUGGAUGAAAGUGAUGACAGAUGCUGCUCUUGUGCAUUCCGAGCCUGUCAAAAGGAUGGACAAGCUAAAAGUGGAACAGUGUGGACCUGAGGGGGUUAAUCACAUAGCCAAUCACAGGCCACCGUUGACACAGCCUGAAAUUGAGAACAACGAGCGCAACCUUGAAGCUGACCGCCAGCAUUCGUCAGAAGAGGACAGGAAGCAGCGAGAUGCCGAGCGCUACGGCUUCCAUAGUGAAGGUGGAGACCACGAUCGCCCUCUCACCAAGAUCAACAGUAUUAAAAUGCAGCCAGCCCAAACGGCAGCUGUCACGGUCAAACAUCCAAUGCCACGGAGCCCAACAGAGAUUGAUGGCGCACAGCAGAGUCCCCAAGUCAAUGGAUCUGGGGAACCCAAUCCAACUGAUAACAAUGGCGUUCCCCCUCAGCUAAAUUCAAACUAUGAGCCGGAAAAGACUUUGAGUAGAACGAGCUCAAUGCAACAACUGGAGCAGUGGGUUCGCACUCAAAGAGGACGAGCACUGGAUGAUGACACAAGAAGCAUCACAUCAUACCAGACACUCCCUAGAAACAUGCCAAACCAUCGGAUGCUCCAUAUGCCUCAUUAUGGCGACAGUUACCGCAGUAUGCCCAGAAACAGUAUGGCACAGAGGGACAGCAUCUGUAGUAUGUCACCAUCAUUGUACGACCAAGCCCUGGGUCCUUCACCGGCUGACAAGCGCCGCUCCGUACGCUCUGACACAAUGUGGCAGCUAUACGAGUGGCAGCAGCGACAAUCCUACAGCAGACCGCCAGGGAUCUAUGGCCACAUGGCCAGCCCUAAAACAAUGAUCAACCUUUCAGAACAUGCUGCACCAACCUACUCUAUCCCACCCUCACCCUCCCAUGGUUCCCUCUCAAUGUACGGGGGCUACCCUCGGCCACGAUCGUGCAACAUGAGCAGUGCCCGCUCUGAGAUCGCUUCUCCCAUUUACCAAAGAGACAUGAGCAUCGACAGGCGACAAAGGCAACAAAUCCCCAAGUAUGGCUACCCACCUGAUAGGAGGUCAAUGCCCGCAGGAAUUCCGGUCCAGUCUGUCACUGCCCUCUCUCUCCAAGGCAAAAGUCCCGAGGAACUGACUUUGCUUCUGAUAAAGCUGCGUCGGCAGCAGGCAGAGCUAAACAGUAUACGGGAGCACACUCUAUCACAGCUUACGCAACUUAACAUGGAUGGCGACAACCAAAAGAACGAUGCUCUGUCACAUCAUCUCCAAAGGACUCUAAUGUAUUUGGACAAUCAGCUGAAGGAAAAUGAUCCUUUAAUCAUCAUGACUCACACUUUGAUUGAGAACUCGGCCCCAAGGCCUCAACUUUACAAGCAACUAAACCCAGCAGACUCCAGAGAACACACCUACAUGCCCGAAGAGGGGGACAUUGACAACAAGCUUAGCCGAUUGUGUGAGCAGGAUAAAGUGGUGAGGACACAUGAGGACAAACUUCAGCAGCUUUACAGAGAGAAGCACACUCUGGAGACAGCGCUGCUGUCUGCGAGCCAGGAGAUCGAAUUGGGCUCAGACAACCCAGCUGCCAUGCAGAGUGUCAUCCAGCAGAGAGACUUACUGCAGAGCGGCUUGCUCAGCACCUGCAGAGAGAUCACCCGGGUCACAUCUGAGUUAGAGCGCUCAUGGCACGAGUAUGACCAGCUAGAAGAAGCUGUGAUCCAGGCUAAAUGCAACCUGCUGGAGCAGCUCAAUGCACUGGGAAGUCCACAGACUGAGCCGCCCAGCCAGCAACAUGUACACAUUCAGAAAGAGCUGUGGCAGAUCCAAGAUGUGAUGGAAGUCCUCAAUAAGCAUAAAGACCAGAGAAAUGCUGAUUGCUCAAUGGGCUUGUAUGGACCCAACUUCAGCAUGAAAACAGAGGAAGAGGACUCUGUACCCCCAAGACCGCCUUUACCCCAGUCAUAUGAGCCCAACCCCCUCACCAUGUCAUCCCAUGCUGGAGUUCGCUCCGCAUCCCUCCACAGAACGGAGGACAGGAAGACCAAUCAGAAGAAUGGCACACAUGGCGGGCCAGACUACCGACUGUACAAGAGUGAGCCAGAGCUGACGACGGUAGCUGAAGUGGACGAGAGCAACGGCGAGGACAGGACAGAACACACAGCUGACCAUCCUGUAAACAAAGGGAUGUCCUACCCAGUUGGCAUUGUUCCACCUAGAACCAAAUCCCCAGUGCCUGAAUCAUCCUCAAUUGCCUCAUAUGUUACCCUUAGGAAGAGUAAGAAGCCUGACUCCAGAAUGGAGCGUCCCCACAGUGCCAUGGAGCAACAGCUGUGCGUGCUGGAGAGCGGACGGCCCCGGAUGAGCGUUGAGGAGCAGUUGGAGAGAAUUCGCCGCCACCAGCAGGGUGCCCUGAAGGAGAAGAAAAAGGGCAUCCGCAUUAGGGGAAGCAGUGAAGAGAACGCGCUUUCCCGUAACAACUCAUUUACAAAAGAUAACCAUUCACGCACUGUGCAGCCUCAAAUUAGACGGAGGGAAGAGGUGAUGAGCACAGACAUUCUGGAGCUUGAAGCCUCACUCAGACAGCAGGAGGUGGUGGGGGAGCAUGAGACGCCGGCCGAAGAAAUCGCACGUCUCAAAGAAGCCUCAAAUUCCGACCGCUUUAACGUGUUUCGAGAACUGUCUGUGCCUGACAAAGUGCUGAUACCUGAACGCUACGUGGAGUCUGACCCGGAGGAGACACUGAGCCCGGAACAGGAAGCCGACAAGCAGAAGAAAGUGGACCGCAUCAAAGCUCUCAUAGCCAAAAACAGCAUGCAGAAUGCAAUACCUACUGUAGCAUUGAGUCCUGUGGAGACUGAGGAGGAGAUUACCAUUCAAGAGAAAGAGAAGAUGAUUAAUAUCUCCUAUGAGCUGGCAGCAGAAGCAUCCAAACGGAGUAAAAUUGUUGCAGUGAAAAGCCCGUUGCCGUCUUCCUCACCCCUCCCACCAUCUCCUAAUACCCCGCCUCAGCUCACUGACGGCUCUCACUUCAUGUGUGUGUAG